AUGGAAAGGAGCCUUGUGACAUCGAUGGCGCUGCCGGAUAUUCCGGAAACUGCAGAGGUGCUGCCGGAUAUUCCGGAACCCGCAGAGGUGUUGCCAGAUACUCCGGUAAAAGCAGAGGCGCUGCCGGAUAUUCCGGAAACUGCAGAGGUGCUGCCGGAUAUUCCGGAACCCGCAGAGGUGUUGCCAGAUACUCCGGUAAAAGCAGAGGUGCUGCCGGAUAUUCCGGAACCCGCAGAGGUGUUGCCGGAUACUCCGGUAAAAGCAGAGUUCGACGCACCCGAAAUGGAAAGGAGCCUGGUGACAUCGGUGGUGCUGCCGGAUAUUCCGGAACCCGCAGAGGUGUUGCCGGAUACUCCGGUAAAAGCAGAGUUCGACGCAACCGAAAUGGAAAGGAGCCUGGUGACAUCGAUGGCGCUGCCGGAUAUUCCGGAACCUGCAGAGAUGUCGCCGGAGAAUCUGGCUGCAGUAGAGCUGCUUUCAGCUGUCGAUGAAACCUCUCAACUUGCCCAUUUGCAGCCGAAUGGUAAUGAGUUGUGCGGCGCCUUGAGGUAUCCAAAAACUUCAUUAGGGCAUCAAAAAGGGAUGACUCAAACUGUGUUCCCUGGUCAACCUGAGGGGUAUACUAAACCUGGAGAUUCAGCCAGAAUAGAAAGUUCUUGCUACGGUUUCUGA